UUGCCAACUGACGUUUUUGUGGCGCUGUUUAUCGUCAAAAAUCGCGUUGAAAUUGUGUCUUAAAAUGGAAGAAAAUGGCAUGUGAGAUAGUGUAUUUCAGUCAUUUCAUUAAAGAAAUGUUUGUUUCAUUAAGAUCACUAGAAUGGGUGGUUGCAUAGGUAUAACGAGAGGCAGAAAUGCCUCUGUUGACUCUGCCAAUUCCACAAGGACGAAUUCAGGAAACUCUCGAAAAAAUCAUCCCCUGUGUCACGAAGUUAUAAGAUGGAAAUCGGAUGUUCCUUUAACAGAGGGACAAUUGAGAAGUAAACGAGAUGAAUUUUGGGACACUGCACCAGCUUUCGAUGGACGAAAAGAAAUAUGGGAUGCACUUAGAGCUGGGGCAACAGCGGCCGAAGCACAGGAUUAUCAAUUAGCACAAGCUAUUCUCGAUGGAGCUAAUAUUUCUGUUCCUAAUGGAUUUUUGACUGAAUGUUACGAUGAGUUAGGAACACGGUAUCAGGUUCCAAUCUAUUGUUUAUCUUAUCCAAUCAAUAUUGUCAAAGAAGAUUGCGGCAGAGAUUCUCCUGCUGAUUGCUCAGAACCUGUCGAUGGAGGAACUGAAAUGACUCUGAAACUUAGGUUAUCUACUACAAUGGGUGAUGUUAAACUACCUGUUUACAGUAAAGACACGAUUGGUGUCGCGAAGAAAAAAUUACAGAGUCAAGAAGGUUUAGAACCAUCACGACAAAGGUGGUUCUUUGGUGGUAAAUUGAUGGGCGAUAAAAUGCACAUCGAGGAGGCGAAAAUUCAACCUGGUUACGUAAUACAGGUGAUCGUAAAUCCAGAAAAAAUCGAUGACAGUCCAACAAAGACCAGUUGAAUACAAUUUCAACUGAUUUUUUAUACUUUUAUCCAUUAUGACAAGCACAUUCCCUUAAAUUUUAGUAUCAAUAAAAAGAAACUCUUGUCUAUUAUUUAUUUAUCAUUUUGCUGAUAAAAAAACAAUAAACAGCAUUUCUCUA